AUGUGUGAGUUUAUCAUGUUUAUUGUUGUUUCGCAGAUCUGCGUUGUAUCGCAGUCGUGGAGGUCAAUGGCCUGGCCGCUACAAUCCAACAGGCAGUUCACCAUUGCCGCAAACUCCAGCUCACCGUCCAUGCCCAUCAUUCGACGAGCUGGCGUUGAGUUAGGUUUAGUUUGAGUGACCGACCUGGCCGGCAGCAGGUGUAGCAUUCAACUGCGACUCAGCGACUCAGCUCUGCGUGUGGCGACAGUGAACGAAGAAGAUAAAGAGCCAAGAUGCUGCACGCUCGCAGAGCAGCGGGAGUUGCUGCUACCACAGCCACUGGCGCUAGUGGAGAGUCGACUCCUCAGCGUGGCCGCUUCGAGACGCGUAGCCGAGCUAAAGAUGAUAUCCGCCGCGUCAUGCAGGCUUUCCAGCGAGUGCGACGCUGGGAGAAGCGAUGGACAGACUGUGGGCAGCCAGGUACAACUCUGAAAGUCUACAAAUGGGUGCCAGUACCCGAUUCUGAGAAUGACCUGCCUCCCAGUGACCAGCAGAAGCAAGACCGACUCGGUGUGGUAUCGGGCACUAUCAGUUAUACAUCCACAUACACCAUGAACCCCAUACUUAGCCACCCAUCUCUUGACCAGCAAGGCAGUGAGUCUGUGGAGAUGGCCAACGUCGAUGACUCGGCCCAUCCGCAGCCGUCCGAAUCUCCUCCGGCUGUGCCGCAGCCUGGAGGAGCUACGUCUCAAAUUGUCUCCCUACUGCCAACCCCAGAUAUUACUAGCUCCACUGUAACGAAACCGAUGACCCUGCAUGAAAGUAGCGGCAUUAGUAUUGGUGUUGGUGACAGCAGUCAAGCCACAAGUGCUAGCAUACCACUGUCACUGGCCGACAGUUCGGAACUCAUUCCGUUUAGUGCUUCGCAAUCUCACACAUCUGUGGAAUCUGCACUCUCAGCUCUAUCUGAUCGAAGCUUCGGCGAGGACAGGUCAGCCGUAGCCGGCCAGACAGGCUCUGUCAUGCAAAGCCAAGUCAGCUCAGCCAGCGAUAGCCAAGACGCCCCGGCCAUUGACAGCCAACACAGCGACAACAGCUCUUUGAUCAAAGAGGACGAAGCUCAAAGUAGACCUUCUGGUUCUGGUAACAUCCCGGAAGACGAGCCGAUGGACACCGAUGAGUGGCCAGUUUCAACAUUGUUAGAGGACUUACCCGCAGCCAGCGUCAGUGAAAACACUGCGGAUAUGGCUGUGUCUAACGAAGCAUGCUCAGACAAUUCCAUGGAUGUGGGUGAUGAGAGUUUGCAACAUCCAGCCGGUUCUCCACCUGCGGUGGAGAGCUGUACGUCUGGACAUGGUGCUGCACAUGUAACGGAUACUUCGAAUACGGAUCCAGAACCCCCGUGUGAAGACCGGCAACGGAGUCCACUGGAUGAUGCACCUGCAAUGGAUAUGAGUGAAAGCAUUCCUAUGGAUGCUUGUCAACAAUCAGCGUGUCAGCCAGAGCAAAUAGAGGAUGACCCCAUUGCGGAGGCCACUGUAAGUGAAGAUACGGGGCUACAGGUUACUGCAGCCACUUCUCAAAGUCCUAGCUCUCCACCACUCACUGAAGAACAGCUGGCGGAGGUCUCAAAAGACCAAGAUAUUGCAGACUUGACAUCAACUCAAGGCGCCACCAUUGGUGAGGACAUCACUGAUGCUGGAGAUAUCGUCCUUACACCCGAUGAGUCGGAGCAAAUAAGGACCGUUGAAGAUCCAGACACCAGCAAAAGGACCCGGAGCAGCGAAAGCACCUCGAUGCUGGACGUGGCUGAGCAUACGGCGCAGCCCUCGCUCAGUAGCAUCUCGGACGACAGGGAUGCUACAUGCACACCUGAACAGCAAGAAACACAACAGUCAAGUUCCACUGCUGAGGAUGCAUCAACUGCUACUGACGAUAGCGAAGCUCCAAUGGCACAAUCAGAUAAAUCGGCAUCUUCUGAUAGGCCACACUCACGCGAGGCGACUAGCAGUGGAUCCGACGCCGGUGACGCAGCCAAAGCAGAGUCCGCCGUACCAGAGGUGCCAAGCGUAUCACCACCGCUCCCCACCACCACAACCGAGAACAACAUGCCUGAAGCACUGAGAUGUGUUUCACCACUGGAGUCACCGCAGGAGAGCACCGGACAUGUUUUGACCGGCAGUACCAGGGUGAGUGGCACAUCUCCCACGGAGGACGUUGCCAGUCAUAGCUCACAUGCCGGCUUGACUGCAGCUGAUGAGGACCCUGGCACUUGCUCUCCUGCUGUGGCGUACAGUGGUGAUGACAUGAAGCAGCACACACCGGGGAAUGAAGGCCCCGAUGCAGCCAUUCUCGGUGCAUCGGAUGACAUGGAAACCACCAGCAAUCGCGAGUCGUCCUGCGCGGCUGUUCCCACUAGCUCCGCUGAAGAUGAGCUGGCACAGAGUGCAGCCUCGGUGCAGUCGCCAGUCUCCGCUGAAAGCCACGGGAGGGCACCUUCACAGGAAGUUGACCAGGCAAGAGAGCUGGAUGAUGCCGAUGGUGGGAAUGCGCCAGUGAUCGAUGCUGCUGCUGCCACAGAAGCAACAGAGAAGAAUCCAGCGUCUCACAGCAGUGCUGAUGAACCAAUGGAGGUAGAUAACCCAACUGUACCCAAAGAAGAGAAGGCUCAGGAUGGCUGUAGUGGCGAUGCAGCAGACAACGAGCAACCCAGCAGUAAAGACAAGGAUACCAUGGAGACAGAGGCCAGUACGUUAGGCAUUGACCCGGUGCAGCCUGAUAGCCCUGAGUGUCUAAUGCUAGGUGAUGAGAAGGAGGGGGGCACAACUGGUGCAGACAAUCCACCGGUUGAUGACCCAUCACAGUCUUCUCCCGCUGUCGGCCAAGACGUCGGUCUUGAGGCGGCUGACGUUCAGGAGGCCGUAUCACCCACCACCGCCGGUGGGCAUGCAUCUACAAGUGCAGCAACGGAGUCCUCAUCUACAACUACUGAAGAACCACCUGCCGCCGAGGGUACUGCAAUGGAUGAAGACCCUCUAGAGCAGACUCAUAGUGCGUCUGACGUCACCGCUCAGCCUGAGCUUAGUCCACAUGUUGCUGUUGAUGCGGCCGAGGCUAUUGUUACAGAGUCCGCACCAUCAAUCAGAACAGAUACAACUGCUCCUGUGGACACCAGCCCGGCUCCUGACAUGGAGUGUGUUACAGGUACUUCUGACACAGCAGCCGGUGGCAAAUCUCCAACAAAUGCGAGCAUUGAGAAAAGCACGACGGGAAGUUCACCUACUCCUGCAGCUAAAGUCAGUCAACUGUCUCUGGUGCCGUAUGACGAGAGCUCAUCACCGGAGGGUGAGUCAGCUGACUCUCUGCUGCGAAAGAGCCCCAGAGCCGAGUCUAAAUCUCCGCUUGGUGCCGACAAGAUGGAAGAUACUGGGAAAGCACCAGGUUUGGAAUCAGGUGAUGGCAUGGAUGAUAAACUGGACAGUGCUCCACCUGCUGAUACCCAGGAACCCAAUAUGGAGCAAAAAUCACCAGAACCAUUGCCGGAUAAUUUGUCUUCACCAGCCAAGAAACAGGAUCCAGACAGUGAUCGCCGUGCAUCUAGGUCGCGAUCCCGCAGCGCUGAGCUCACUGGUGGCUGGAAGUCACCGUCCCGAUCCAGGUCCCCGCUGGCGCCAACUCGCAGCUCUGACACGACUAGCGAUGAGUGAUAUGUGCUCUGUGCUGUGUGGUGUAUGCUCUGUACUGUGUGCUGUGUGGUGUAUGCUCUGUACUGUGUGCUGUGUGAUGUAUGCUCUGUACUGUGUGCUGUGUGAUGUAUGCUCUGUACUGUGUGCUGUGUGAUGUAUGCUCUGUACUGUGUGCUGUGUGAUGUAUGCUCUGUACUGUGUGCUGUGUGAUGUAUGCUCUGUACUGUGUGCUGUGUGAUGUAUGCUCUGUACUGUGUGCCUGCACAGUAUCAUGGUCACGCUGUCUACGCAGAGCAGACACGGCGCUGACUAGUAGUAGUACUCUACACAUAGCCCCCGUACAGCUGCACUGUGUGUGGUGCAGGUCAUUCCCAGAAGCAGGCACGGCGAAUCCUAGUCAUUGACUCCUACACAGUAAUAUGUACUUACCAUGACUGACACUGAGAUGUUGACACUGGAUGAUGACACUGGAUGAUGGACUCACUGGAUUUCCCAUUGUACUGUAUGUGCACAUGCCACAUGGCCAGGCAUCUGUCUGUGCUGGCAUGCAUGCAGCUUUGCACACUGGUCUGAUCUGAUAAGAGACACAGGCGGUGUGCUCCACAGUCUAUGCUGUUGAGAUAAUGCUAUAAAGUAUAAGAGCAAAUUUGUUGUUGAUUAAUGAUAAUGAUUGUCUUCGGUUUUGUUGUUGUUGUUGCUGUUGUUGCUGUUGUUGUUGUUGGUGGUGGUGGUGGUUGUGGCGUCCGCAUCGUUGUUGGUGGUGUAACCAGCUACCCUUUCUUGAGAGCAUGCCACAUUUAUAAUUGUGGUUUUUGUAUGUGAGCCGGAACUUGAUGGCGAGGUUCCGAGGCUCUGUUCUUUGUUGCUGCUAUGCAUUCUAGUUUUGCUGUUGGUCACGGUUGUAGUAGUACAAUCCGGCUGCAUAAUUUGCUGUGGGGUUGUGCAAGUGCUGGACCACUUGAUUUAUGUUGCACUAUUUUAUCCAAUCUCUCAGUCAUCA